AGCGCAAGCGUUCUCCUUCUCCAGACCAGUCCUCCAAGCGUAGCAAAUCUUCGGCCCACGAGGCCACGAAAGAAUAUUCUUUGCUCGAACGCAGCAAGCAAGCCGAUUUCAACCCUAGCAUCCUUACUGGCGAUAAAGCUCAAGAGUGGCGCAAGAUGGUCAUCAAGAACAUGUUCAGUUCAAAGGAGCCGGAACCACAGGUCAACAAAAAAGGCAGAGGCAGGAAAGGCGAUCACAACGAUGACGGCGCACAGAUUCCAGCCCGUGAUGACAACGUUGGCAAUACGACUUCUUUCGGCCUGAUGAGGGGCGUGAAUGAACUAGGGGAGCAUCGCAGCUCGCAGUUGCCGGAACUCGAUGUUCCGAAGAUGACGUUCUGCUACGUUUGCAUCGGCCCACGUCAAAGAGGAAAAUUCGACAUCCAAAAGGCUGAAAACCUGCGGAUACCUCGCGGGCCUGUGCGGGCUCGGCUGACCAGAGGCGAGACUGUCAUGUUCAUGGAGGACGAUGUCAACGGGGGUCAGGUUGAGAGGACGGUCCGGCCUGAGGAUGUGAUGGGUCUGCCGGAAGCUCCAAAGGCAAGCUCGUUAUUUAUCUUCGAGUACAGUGAUUAACGAAACACAGGCCGUUAUGAUUUUCGAUGUGCCCACGCGAGACCAUAUACCCUCUCUUGUGUCCGCAUUCGAAACCUCACCGUUCUACAAGAGCUUCCUCGGCCAAGAACACGCCGAAGAACACACUGUCUACUCAAUAUUCCAUCUCUGUGGCGAGGGCGUCCUCGAGGACGAACGCUACAAAGCGCUCAUGAACAAGUUCGCGCCCGAUGUCUACGUGAGUGCAUCGACGACCGUUCCACCUUUAUU